AUGGCUCCAAAGAAGAAGGCCGACAAAAAGUCGAAUGAUAAGGAUGCCGGCGGGAAAGGCAAAGAUGACAAGAAUGAGGGUAAGGGGAAAGGUGGCCAAGCAGUUUUAGUCCGGCACAUUCUGUGCGAAAAGCAUGGCAAGAAGGAAGAGGCGUUUGCCGAGAUCAUGAAGACUCCCACUCUAGAUCACUUCAUCACAGUGGCCAGAAUCUUCAGUGAGGAUAAAGCAAAGCAAGGCGGUCUCCUUGGUUGGCAACGUAAAGGUCAGCUGGCGCCUGAGUUUGAAAAGGUUGCUUUCGUUCUUCAGGAGAGCAAAGGUAGCAACCUCUUCAUCGGACAGGCCAAGACAGCUUUCGGAUACCACCUUAUCGUGGUAGAAGGUUACAGAUGA